CUUAUGUUGUGUUCGCGGUAUCGUGUUUGGUAAUUUUUAUGUCAGCGCAUUUUUGCGAUUUUGUGUCAUUAUCAUCAUCGAAAUAGUAGACAAAACUAUCGUCAUGGUGCCCUAUUGUACGGCCGAACUCAACACAUUGAUGAACGAACUAGAAAUGAGCGAAUUGGAGCCCACGACUGGAGUUUUAACUGCACAAGCUUACAUGCGAUUGCUGGCUGUCUAUCUCCAUCAGAAUGAUCUAUGUAACGCGAAGUACCUCUGGCAGCGAAUUCCCUCGGAUAUGAAAGCCGCUCAUGAGGAUCUUAGGCGAAUAUGGAUUGUAGGACAACGCAUGUGGCAACGCAAUUGGCCCGCGGUGCAUGCGGCUCUCAAUGUAGAAUGGAGCGAAGAUGUCAAGGAUAUUAUGACAGCUCUAAAAGAUCACGUUCGAGAACGAGUGAUGAGGCUGAUAUCGAAGGCAUACUCCUCGUUGAACUUGACGACCAUGGCAACGAUGAGCGGGAUGUCGUUAGACGAGGCGCGACAAGCUGCUAUUGACAGGGGUUGGAGCGUCGACGGUACCAUAGUGCAACCGUGCAAACAGAUCGACGAGGAACAAUACAUUCCGUCGGACAAAAUCUGUCUGACGGAGGAGCAGCUAGAGAAACUCACUCAAUUUGUGUCCUUCUUGGAAAAUUGAGGGAUCUUUAUCAAUAUUUCUCCGAUCCCAACUCGUGUGGACCCGAAUCACCGCGUGAUCUCGAUGACGGACUCGAACCUCCUUUCGCAAUCUCGCCUCGUAACUCUAUUAUAUAAAGGAGGAAGUGCGCGCCAAAGGUAACAUCAUCGAUGUUCGUGCUCGUAAAAUAAGCAUACCUUACGAUAGACAGAGAGGGAGAGGGAUUAGUGACAGAGAUAGAGACAGAAAGCAGCUGCCCACGCGAUUUGUCCGUUCAAUCGGAAGAAUAAUUCAAUGAAGCUCCUCGCAAGCGUGGAAUCAACAACUAUAUUAAUCGAUAAUCAGCUGUGCGUGCGCGAGAGGGCGGACUGGCAUUUGCAGAACGGUAUUCUCCAGCAGGAGCCUCUUUUCCUCUCCCUCAUCUCUUCUUCCCUGCCAUCCUCUUAACUCGCCUACCCGAUGUGGAUCCCCUGAAAAUAUACAUCGUUCGCAUCGCUGUAAUUAUCAAAGUGGAUCACCGCAGUAAGAAUCGGGCAGGUAGCCGUUAACGUUCCUCACGACGACGACGACGACGACGACGACGUGCCUCUAUCUAGCUUAAACGCGUGUGUGGCGCGCAAAUUAUCUCACGCGUGAUUCUUCGUGAUAUCUUCGAAUCGAAAAGAAGAAACAGAAGGAGAAAAAAAAGACUAGAACUGUUUCAAACGGCGUACUUUGCUAGAUUUUGAUAAAGUGUGUUAUAGCAACAA